AUGAAACAGAGUAUACCUGUGGUACCUCGCUCAUUGGAGGAAAUCGGUGGGUGCAGCUGCCGUCGGGAGGCCGAAUGUGCGGAGAUGUGGCGCACCUUAUGGCAUGAAGUAUUGCGGGAACUCGUUGAAUACCGCCCUCACGAGGGCCUGGUCCUCUUUGCUCGCGUCGCCCUCCUCGCAGAAGAUGCGCGCGAAGCAUCGAAGCAGGUCGUCCCGCCGGUGCAGGUGAGCGCCGUACUCCGUGUUGCGUAUGAUGCCCUGCAGCACCCUCAGGUAUUCGUGGCGACGCUGCAA